AUGCCAUUGAAAGUUCAUACAUUCAGUGACUCUGCAACGGAAGCUGCCCUGUAUUUUCUUCGUCACGAUCAAAGCCCCUUAAAGCUGGAAAGAGUUGGUUUAAUCAAAACAUUGAUCACCAUCGUACAUCAAAUAAGUGUGAAAGAGGAGCGAAAGACAUGCUUGAAUGGCACAACGUUUACUGAAGCAAUGCAUCGAAAGACACCAAGUAAUCGAUGUAAAGGCGGAAUAAGAGGCAGAAAUAUUGCGAGUGGAUCGCGUAUUCUCUACGAUUCUGAUCCCGGAAUACUUGGAUUCUUUAAAUUAGAAGAAGGCAAGAGCGAGAUUGAACUUCAAUGA